AUGUCAACUACCAUCACUAUGAACACCGCCGCUAAUAUUGAGGACGAUAUUAACAAAAACGACAACAAUAAUAAAUUCACAAUUAAUAAUACAUCGUCCUCCAGCACAACCACCAAAGAAAAUGACCAAAAUGACCAAAAUAACCAAAAUAACCAAAAUGAACAACCACAACAAGAAGAAACGCACCAGGUGGAAACACAUGAACCAGAACCAAAACAAGAAGACACCAGAAAUGAAGAAGCCAUAAAUUCAGUGACAGACAAACCUAUAGAUAAUGACACCAAAGAUGAAAACUCGCCUACAAAAUCCGAUCUUUCCUUUGCCAAAAAAGAUUUGAGUAAAUCAAGAACUCAAUCUUUCCAAUCAGUCCUAUCAACAGCAUCCUUAAAGUCACUAAAACAGCAAGUAUUAACAAAUUCGAUUAUAACAAAUAAUGGCAAUAACACAGCUAGUAAUGUCCCACAAAUGCAUAGAAAUAAUAGCACCAUAAGUACUCACAAUUUAAUGCGCAGCAAUUCAACAAUAAAUAAUUCAAAGAAUUUUCUGUCAUUCAUCCAAGCCCCAGUGUUAUCAAGCAUCCAAAAGCCUGAGGAAGAUUGUCAAAUUGGACAACAAUUACCUUUCGAUGGCAGCUCAUCCAGAACUAGAGCCGAUAGCAGCGAUGAAACUGACGAGGAUAAUAUAGCACAACAACAAAAUUUAACGUUGAAAGCCUUGAAGAAAUUAAGUUUGUCCCCUAGACCAGUUACUAAUCCUGAUGAUAUAUCAAUAGCAAGUGAAGAGGAAGCGAAAAGUAAACUAGUGAAAGAACCGUAUCAACCUGCUGAAGUUGAUUUGUCAUCAUUUGCAAGUUUAACUAGACAACCAAAACAACACCAUAAGCUUUCAUCACCUUCAAAUGAUGCUGCACAAAAGUCCACUGGUCCAAUAGAAAAUCCAUCAAAUAAAUCAGGCUCUAGUUUAUCUCAAUAUCAUAAUGACAUCCAACAAAAUCAACUCAACGCAAUCCAACGACAAUUGCAACCGGAGAAAUUCAAUACAUCACCAAACGCCGGUCGUACAAAGCACCAAUUAUUACCUGGACAAUUGACACAUCCCCAAUUACACCAGCAACAGCAACAGAUCCAGCAGAAUCAGCAACAACAACAACACCAUCAUCCUCAAUCACAAACUUAUACAAAUUUCCCUCAUCCACAUCCAGCAUCCGGUAUUCCAGCAGCAGUUGUACCACCGACUGAUUUUAAUGCGAAAAGAAAACCACUGAUUCCAAAAAUGCACUUCCAACAACAACAACAGCAACAGCAACAACAACAAAUUAUACAUGGUCGUACUAAUAUAAGCCCCGAAUCACCAACUCAGAAUUCGCAAAACCACCACCUUAAUCAUGCUCGCUCAACAAAACAUUUACAACAAAUCAAAGGAUUAAGAAAUCCCAUGUAUGUUCCGGCUGUUCUUAGAGUGUCGCAAAAUGGAUUAUCCACACCUAGCAGAUCGCAGUCAAAUUCACCUGAAGAUCUUUCGUCUUCUCCACAACAACUAUAUUAUAAUCAACAACAGCAACAACAACAACAACAGAAUCAUCAAGAGCAAUCACAAGAUCAUUAUGAAUCCUAUUUACAAGCAUUUAACAAAAAGGAUGUUGUAGCCAAUUCAUCAAAUGCAUCUGUUCGUUCAACUGAUUCUGGGAUCUCAAUUGAUUCAAGUAUGUCUACCACGAGUGGACAAUUGGGAUCAUUAACUGGAUUUUUGUCGUUCAAUUCAAACAAUGGUAAAAACUAUGAUUUUGUUCUGAGAGCUCCACCUACUAGAAAGCAUUGGAUCAAAGAUGAAGUGGCUUUGAAAUGUGGUAUACCCACUUGUCCUAAAGUGUUCAAUUUCUUUGAGAGAAGACACCAUUGUCGUAAAUGUGGAGGAAUUUUUUGUAAACAACAUACUUCACACAGUCUAUAUAUUAAUCAUUUAGCACAAUUUACCACUGGAGGUAGAGGUACAUUAUCAAAAGUGUGUGACAACUGUAUUGAAGAAUACAAUCAAUUCAUAGCGAAAGAGUUUGGAGUUAAUGUUCACAGUACUAAACCUAGUAUAACCGAAUCGUCAACUGAGCAAAACAAUACUCACAGCAGCAUAAGAACAAACGUGCACUCAAAAUCUGGACUUGAUACUGGUGCUCACCAAUCUCAGCUGAAUUUUAUUCCUACAACGCCAACACCAACGCAAACACAUAACUAUCCUCAUAAUAAUGCUAGUAAUAAUAUUGUGGCCGUUUCAAAUGAUAAUGGGAAUAGUAGAAACGAUCAAUUGGUAGGCAGUGUUCCUGCCAAUUGGACGUGGAGUUCGUUUUAG